AUGGGCAGCAUCAUUGGAACCAUGGGGUGCAGCAGUUCUGUAGCUGAGAGGAGGUCAGAGAAAGUCAUCAGAGCUGCUGUCCUCAUCCAGAACUGGUACCGCUUUACAAUGGCCCGAAUAGAGAUGAGGCGCCGCUACUCUCUGAGUAUCUUUCAGUCAAUCGAAUAUGCUGAUGAGCAAGAUCAACUACAGCUAUCCAACUUUUUUACGUUCAUGCUGGAUCACUGUACUCAUCCUGAAUCAGCUGAAAUAGAGCUGAAACCCAGCUCUGUCCCAGCUGAAAACCAGGACAAGAGGGACUGGUGGAAAUUUGAAAAGAAAAUUGAUGUUCCAGACUCCUAUUAUGGACCACGACUCUCAUUCCCCCUUACUGUUAAAGAUGCCAGUGCUCUUCUUCAUGCUUUCAGGAAUGAACAGCUGCUUCAUGCCCGCUACGUACUGCAGCUACUAUGUGAAACCAGGAGGGUUCUCAAGGAGAUGCCAAAUAUCACCCAUCUUUCAACUUCCUACUCCAAGGAGAUAACUGUCUGUGGAGAUUUGCAUGGAAACCUGGAUGAUCUUUUGCUGAUAUUCUAUAAGAAUGGUCUGCCUUCAGAACAGAACCGUUAUGUCUUUAAUGGUGAUUUUGUUGACAGAGGGAAAAAUUCAAUGGAAAUACUUAUAAUCCUGUUUGCAUUUCUUCUUAUCUACCCCAAUGAUUUACACUUGAAUAGAGGAAACCAUGAAGACUACAUCAUGAACCUGAGAUAUGGCUUCACAAAAGAAGUUUCAAGGAAGUACAAGGACCAUGGGGAACAGAUUUUGUGUCUUCUGAGAGAUGUCUUUAGCUGGCUUCCCCUCGCCACUAUAAUUGAUAGCAAAGUUCUUAUCCUACAUGGAGGGAUUUCAGACACCACGGAUUUGGAUUUCCUGAAUGCACUCGAGAGAAAUAAGUUGAAAUCUUUGAUGCGGCCACCCAAGUCAGUGAGAGACAGACAGGACCAAGUGAAGGAGAGAAUUCUGACAACUAGACCCAGCAAACACACUGCCAACCAGAAUGCUGCAGGGAAAACACAACACAUCUCUUCAUCGGGCUCCACUGAGCCUUCAGGCUCAAAUUUGCCUCCAGACCUCGCCCUGAAGGAAUGGAAACAAAUCCUUGACAUUCUCUGGAGUGACCCAAGAAGUCAGAAUGGCUGUACACCAAACAAAUGUCGAGGGGGAGGUUGUUACUUUGGCCCCGAUGUCACUGCCAAGCUGUUUGAAAGGUACAAUCUGAAGAUGCUCAUUAGGUCUCAUGAAUUUAAACCGGAAGGUUAUGAGAUCAGUCACAAUGGGAAGGUUAUCACUAUAUUUUCUGCCUCUAACUACUAUGAAGAGGGGAGCAACCGGGGAGCGUACAUCAAACUGAAUCCCGAACUGGUCCCUCGGUUUGUACAGUAUCGAGUCAGCAAGCACACGUGCAGGCAGAACCUUCGGGAGAGGGUGGGUACAAUUGAAUCAUCUGCCUUGAAGUCCUUACGAGAGAAGAUUUAUGCUCACAGGUCUGAACUCACUAGUGCUUUUGCACAGUAUGACCCCAAUGGCACAGGCAGGAUUUCUGUGAAUGACUGGGCUGCAGCGAUGGAGUCUGUCCUACAGCUGGAACUGCCCUGGAGGAUGCUGCGGCCUCAGUUAGCGCAGAUGAACCCAGAUGGAGAAGUUGACUUCAUGUCAUGUUUUUAUGAUUUGAAAAUAGGCCAACCUAUAAAAGAGGUUCAGCCAGCUUUGGUGGAAACGCUGUGCAGAUACAGAAAGGACCUGGAGAUCAUCUUUAACAUCAUUGACAAAGAUCACUCAGGUCUGAUUUCUCUUGAGGAGUUUGUCCAGACAUGGAAACUCUUCACUUCUCACCUGGGCAUCGAUGUAUAUGAUGAAGCCCUUGACAAGUUAGUCCUCAGCAUAGACCACAACAAAGAUGGCUACAUUGACUUCAGUGAGUUUUUAGAGGCCUUUCACGUGGUUCAUCGACUAGAGAAUCUGCAAAAACCUGACAUCACCUCCUAG